ACCUAUUGUGAGAACUGACAGAUGCAGUCCUAGCAGUUUCUCGGUGGUCUCUGUCUGGGAGGGAUUUACAACAGGUGCAUGAGCUGUAGAAGUUACACGCACAAAGAAAAGGGGGGGGGUGUUGUGUAUUUCCUUUUGACCCCUGGAUGACCCCAAUCCCCUUCUCCGAGUGGACGUGGAGACAAGAGUGAAGCCACAAACCGGGAAGCAAAUCAGCCGGAUUACAGCCUAAAGAGCAGGACCACACAAUUUUCACCGGAGAAAAGAUGUCUCGACACUAUAAAGAUGAACAAGAUGACUGGAUCACUGUCUGUUUGAAGUAUCUUCUCUUUGUGUUCAAUUUUCUCUUCUGGGUUGGAGGAGCUGCAGUAAUGGCUGUGGGUAUAUGGACUCUGAUUGACAAGAGUGAUUAUCUCAGCCUCCUGGCUUCCAGUACAUUUGCAGUUUCGGCCUACAUCCUCAUCUUUGCAGGUGGUCUGGUUAUGAUCACUGGCUUCCUGGGCUGUUGUGCUGUCAUCCGAGAGCAGAGGAGCUGCCUCUCGAUGUAUUUUUCCUGUUUGCUGCUGAUAUUUCUGAUUGAGCUUGUGGCUGGCCUUCUGGCUUAUGUUUACUACCAAAGGCUGAGUGAUGAGCUAAAACAGCAUCUCAAGCAGACCAUGACAGAAAACUACGCACAGCCCGGAAAAGACCUCAUCACACAUGCUGUUGACAGGCUCCAACAAGAUUUCAAAUGCUGUGGCAGCAACAAUGCUUCUGACUGGCAGUACAGUGUAUACAUCAGCUCCCCAGAAGCAGAGAACCGUGUGGUGCCUGAUAGCUGCUGUAAAACCAUCACGCCUCACUGUGGACUUAGAGCUCAUCCAUCAAACAUCUACAAGGUGGAGGGAGGCUGUAUCACCAAGUUGGAACAGUUUCUUGCAGAUCAUCUCCUUAUUAUAGGCGCAGUGGGAAUUGGAGUGGCUUGUCUCCAGCUGGCUGGUGCAGUCCUGACUGCCGCUUUUAUCUAUCUGCUCUAUAAAGAAGAGGAAGAAGAGUUCUCUGACAUGUGAUUGCUCUGUGGAAUGAUUUUUACUUGUUGCCUGUACCGAAGAAUCAAACUGGAUCCCUACUGAAAACUCCACCACGAACGUUCCUUCAGGAUAAACCAUUGCCUGCUCAACAUAAAUGACAAUCUUAACUCAUUAAUGUAUGCAUGUGUUUUAUAAACAUGUUUCAAAUAA